GACACCAGUGAUCCUCGCUCAAGGAGGGGCAUAAAAACACUUCAGGUGCUUUGUGAUCGGGUUUUAUAAGGAGAUCUCUGCUGGAUCUCCCUCACUGCGCUCCGCCCGGUGCUUGAGGACAGAAGAUGCCCAGGCAGUUCCUCUGCCCAGUGUUCGGCUCGUCACUGUGGUUUGUACUGAUACUCCAGUCUCUCAUUUCCUCCGCCGUUACCUACAGGAGACCAGUGUCCGGAGGGAAGAGACAGAGCUUUCUGGAGAGAACCUUAAUUUUACUGGACGUGAAUACGCGAAGCCCGGUGAAAGUUUUGAAUGACAACUUCCUCUCGUUGCAGUUGGAUCCAUCUAUCAUAAAGGAUGGCUGGCUGGACUUCUUAAGCUCCAAGCGGUUAGUCACUCUGGCACGGGGACUCUCUCCAGCUUAUUUGAGGUUUGGGGGCAAACGGACCGACUUUCUCCAGUUUCAUAACCUGAAGAAUCUUGCAAAGUUUAGAGGGCCUGGACCAGACUAUUACCUCAAAAACUAUGAAGAUGACAUAGUGCGCAGUGACUUCGCUCUGGACAAACGAAAGGGUUGCAAGCUGGCCAGCCACCCAGACAUGAUGCUGGAACUGCAGCGGGAGAAAGCGGCUCAGAUGCAACAGGUCUUGUUGAAAGAACAGCUCUCCAACAUCUAUAGCGACGUCACAUUAACAGCCAGGUCUUUAGACAAACUUUACAACUUUGCCGACUGCGCGGGACUGCACCUGAUUUUUGGGCUGAAUGCCCUGCACAGAAACCCUGACAACUCAUGGAACACCUCCAGUGCUGUGAGUCUGCUCAAAUACAGCGCCGGCAAAAAAUACAACAUCUCCUGGGAGCUCGGCAAUGAGCCCAACAGUUACCGCACAAUGGCUGCUCGAUCAGUUAACAGCUCUCGUCUGGCUCAGGAUUACUCUCUUCUGAGGACAUUACUGCAGUCGGUGCGUUUCUACAGCCGAGCGAACCUCUACGGACCCAACAUCGGCCGUCCUCGUAAAAAUGCAAUCCUGUUACUAGAUGGGUUUAUGAAAAACGGUGGUUCUGUGGUUGACGCAGUAACGUGGCAACAUUACUACAUUGACAGGCGGGUGACCAAAGUGGAAGACUUCUUGAAGACAAGGCUUCUGGACACCCUGUCUGAGCAGAUUACCAAGGUGUUAAAGAUUGUUCAAACUCAUGCUCCAGAGAAGCGUGUGUGGCUGGGUGGAGUUGGUCCGGCUUGGGCAGGGGGAACCAAUAAUUUAUCUGAUACAUUUGCUGCUGGUUUUCUGUGGCUCAACACUCUUGGUAUAGCUGCAGCUCAUGGGAUUGAUGUUGUACUCCGACAUUCUUUUUUUGAUUAUGGAUAUAACCACCUCGUCGACCAGCACUUCAACCCUUUACCUGAUUACUGGUUAUCUCUGCUCUUUAAACGUCUGGUGGGCCCCAGGGUGCUUGCGGUGCACGUCGCAGGUCUCCAGAGGAAACCACGCCCUGGACGGGUGAUCCGGGACAAACUCCGCAUCUAUGCACACUGCACCAGCUUUCACAAUCAUGAUUACGUCAGAGGGUCCAUAACCAUCUACAUCAUCAACCUUCAUCGCUCACGGAAGAAAAUCAAGCUGGCCGGGACUUUACGAAAUAAAACUGUUCACCAAUACCUGUUACAGCCCUUCGGCACAGAUGGACUUCACUCCAUGUCUGUGCAGCUGAACGGAGAGCCCUUGCGUAUGGUGGACAAUGAGACAUUUCCUGAGCUGAAGCCACGGACGCUCAGGGCAGGAAGAACGAUAGCCAUGCCACCUGUAUCUAUCGGCUUCUACGUCAUCAAGAAUAUUAACGCUUACGGCUGUCGCAGAUAACACACACUGACCGACCUCAGACGAUAUCCGUGGCCUUCUCCUUUUUUUA